AUGGCCAAUAAUAGUGACAAUGAUAUCUUUAAGGAAAAUCCAAAUUUUGAUAAUAGUUGUCUAGACCCAGAGAAUAUUACUGAAACUAGUUUUUCUCCAGUAUCAAUAAAUGGUAAUUAUAAUACCUUUAAUACAAGUACAUCUAUGAUCACACAUUUAAGUUCUUCUCAUGCAGAUAAUUCGGUAAUUCAACCUUCAUAUAAUCUUAAUAGAUUACAAACAGGUAGUAUAAUAGAUGUUAAAGAGUCUACUUAUAGUCCUAUUGAUAAGUCUCAAUAUAGUUUACCUUCUUAUUCAACAGUAAAUAAUAAUCAAAGUGAAUACCAUAAUCCAUCACAGUUAUAUAGAUCUUUUAAUGAUUUGGGUGGGUCUAGUAUUCCUGGUAGUUUAGAAACUAUUGAAAGAAAAAGCCAAAAAAGAUCUGCAUCUUGCUAUGAUUCACCUAUUUUAGACAAUAGUUCUACAAUAUAUUUGGAUAAAACUAAAAAGAAUUUGCAUAAUCAACAAUAUAGACAUUAUACUCAACAACAAUUAGAAGGUAUGGAUGAUAUCUUAGCUUCUCAGCAUUAUCAACCCUACCAACAACAUAAUCAACCGAAUCCAAUUAAUAAAUCUGAUUUAAAAAGCAAAUAUAAUCAAAAUAGUCAAAUUGGUCAGAAUAUACAGUCCUCUGAAUAUGCUAAAUCUAUGCAUAAUGAGCAUAUUUACUUUUCUCAACAAUCUCAACCACAAAAGAGUUCUCAAGUUUCUAUAAAUAAUAAACAUCAACCCCACAAUAUAACCCGAAAAAAUUUGCAUCAAAACCAAUUAUCUAUGAAUAAUUAUAAUUUGCAAACUACAUCUCUCCAAACUUCUAAUAAUCAUCCACAAUUAUCACCUCAUAUUCAAUCAUCUCAUAUUCAGACUUUGCAUACUCAAUUAUCUCCUAAUAUUAAAUCUUCGGAUUCUCAAUUAACUCAUUAUCAACAUCUAAAUAAUCAAUCUAAUUAUUUACAAUCCUCUACUCAACCUAUCUAUUCCCAAUCAGAAUUUCCUGUAACUUCUAAUUAUCAUCAGCUUCCAUAUGCUCAAUCUUCAAAUUACUCUCAAACUUCUAGUUAUACUCAGAUAGCUAAUCAUCCUCAACAAUCUAACUAUUCUCAAACCUCUAAUUAUACCCAAUUGGAUAGUAAUACUCAGAAAUUGAGUUAUUCACAACCUCCCUAUGAUAUACAAUCCCAUGAUAAAUCAAAUCAACAUCUUCAACAUAUUCAUAGUAAAUCUCCUCAUUAUUCUCAAUCUUCUUAUUAUUCCCAAUCUUCUUUUAAUCCCCAAUUAUCUCAUUCUCAAUUACCUCUUAAUUCUCAAUCUUCUUAUAAUCCUCAAUUAUCUUAUAAUCCUCAAUCAUCUUAUAAUCCUCAAUCAUCUUAUAAUCCUCAAUCAUCUUAUAAUCCUCAAUCAUCUUAUCCUCAAUCUUAUAAUCCCCAAUCAUCUCAUAAUCGCCAAUUAUCCCAUAAUCGUCAAUUAUCUCAUAACCCUCAAUUAUCUCAUAAUCCUCAAUCAUCCCAUAUUUCUCAACCUUUCAAUAUUCAACCAACUCAUAAUCUUCAAUUACCUCAUCCUCAACUAUCUCGUAAUCUCCAAUCAUCCCAUAAUUCUCAAUCUUCUCAUAAUCCUCAAUUACCUCGUAAUUAUCAAUCUUCCUACAAUAUUCAAUCAUCUAAUAAUAUUCAAUCAUCUAAUAAUAUUCAAUCAUCUAAUAAUAUUCAAUCAUCUAAUAAUAUUCAACCUCAUAAUUCUCAAUCAUCUCAUAGUACUCAAUCUUCAUACAAUUUUCAAUUAUCUCAUAAUUCACAAUCUUAUAUUCAACUUUACAAUCCCCAGUCAUCUCAUAAUUCUCAAAUAUCAUCUCAUAAUCCCCAAUUAUUAUCUAAUAAUCCUCAAAUAUCUCAUAAUACUCAAUCUUAUAAUAUUCAAUCUUAUAAUCCUCAAUUAUCCUAUGAUCAAUCAAGUCACAACACUCAACUUUAUAAUAUUCAAUCCUUCCAUACUCAGUCUUCUCAUAUCAAUAAAGUCCCAAAUUAUUCAAACUAUUCUCAACCUUUACAGUCAUCUAAUACAUCUAUUUCUCAUAACAAUCAAUCUCAAGUACCUACUUUUAAUAAGUCACAGUUAAUUCCUGAUGAACAUGGAAUGUCUCUUGAAAAUAUUACAUGGAUGUAUAUUUUUAAUCAAUAUAAUCAGUUUCCUGGACAAUUAGAUUUUCUUCGUCCAUAUUUGGAAGGCACUCCAAACACUGAAAGACUUGAUACUGCUAUAAAUAUUAUACUACAGAAACAAAAAAUAACUAAGCAGGACUUCGUAAUCAAAGCCAAAAAUUGGUAUUACACAAACUUCUUAAGUCAAUCUUCGUCUCAAAUAGUUUUACCCCAACAAGGAGGUGUAAUGAACAAAAAGUGCCAAUAUAAUCAACAACAGGAUCCUACUUUAAUACUCCCCAACCAACUAGAAAUUUUAAUCAAACUUUUUAUUAAACAAUAUAUACACCCAGGAUUUUCUAUUGAAGAUGAUGUAGUAAGUUUACUUAAAAAUUCUAUAGAAAAAUUAGUUAUAAAUAUUUGGGAUCUUUUGGAAAUAGCAAGCUAUGAUCGUGUUGAUUGGAGAGCUAAACCAUUUCUCCAAUAUGAAGACUAUGAUGAAACAAAAUCUGUAUGCGAUUAUUCUGUUAUAGAAUAUAUAUUAAAUAUUAAUUCCAUAAAGGAUAAUUUCCAAACUAACAAGGCUAAAGAGAUACCAAUAAAUGAAGGUCAAAAUCAAGAACUUGAAAAUUUAAAAGAACAAAAUACAUCCCUUAAUCAAGCUAUAGAAAUUGCAGUAGUAUCAAGAACACAGAAAUGGUUAUUAAGAAAUAUAAAGUUGGUUGAUUUUAGAAAUAUAAUGUCUUUAGAUAAUAUAGGUACUUUAUAUCCUAAUUGUGAAUUGAAAUUUCCUAUUUCACUGAGAAACAAAAUUAUCAAUUAUAUCAAUCAUCAUUGUGACUCAGACCAAACAAGUACUAUGUCAACUUAUCGUUGA